UUGGUUAAGAAGUCACACCCUGUACAAGCUCACAGACAGUGACAGCGGCGAUCAAGACUGACAGGUCAAGUAGCCAAUGCCUUAAAACCGAUACUUUAACUCCAGGAAGUUUCUUCUUAAAUUAGCCAAUGGUGAAGUAAGAAGAAGGCGGGGAUUAAUAGUAUACUUUCGGAGUUGUGUGGCUAAGCUAGUUAGCUGGCUAGCUAGCUGGCUAAUUAGUUGAAGUAAUAAGAAGGAGAAAUAACAAAGGUGUCUCGGUCGUGAGGUAAAUGUCAUACCGCCGGGCAGAUGUACAGACAGCCACGAGAAAGUGUGGAAUGUCGGAGAGUGAAGGUACAGCGCUGAAAAUGGGCCUGUUUAUGAUGAACGCCGUCGUUGGAGCCGUGAGCUCGGGAACAGCCGAAGGCACCGUCACGGAGAACAAGCCACUGUGCAUCGGCGCGAACAACCAGACUUAUAUCUGUGAUUCAGGCUACUGCUGUUUAGAGCCUCAGUGCUGUAGCUACUACUACGAGCUAUGGUGGUUCUGGCUGGUCUGGACUGUCAUCAUUAUCCUGAGCUGCUGUUGUUUUUGCCAUCAUCGUCGCGCCAAGCAUCGCCUGCAACAGCAGCAGCGGCAGCAUGAGAUCAACCUCAUUGCCUACAGAGAGGUUCACAACUACACCUCGCUGCCCUUUUACUUCAGGUUUCUUCCCAGCUACCUCUUACCUGCAUAUGAGGAGGUGGAGAACAGACCCCCGACACCUCCUCCUCCAUACAGUGCCUCACAACCAGGUCAAAGCACAGAUUCAGUCAGCCCUGAGCAAAACAAUGAGCUGUGCCCAUCGCUACAGACAGGCUCCACAGCCACUGCAUCAGAGGGCAACUCAACUAUGAACUGCAUCGAAGAGACCGCCCGCCCUCCUGCUCAUCGGCCAACAGGUGACGCGCACAAACCCUACCUGAGCUUUGAGGAGGACAGCCAGCAGCAGUUGGCAUCUGCCACUUCACCUGAGAUAAGUAAGACUGACAAAGAACCCUUAAAGUGUGGAGAUCAAGGGCUUGAUUGUUGCACUGAGAGCAAGGACAAGACAGUGGGUCGCCAUAGACGCUUUACCGGAGACUCAGGAAUCGAGGUGUGUGUAUGCAGCCGUGGUCCAGGGGAAGGAGAGUAUGAGGAAGAGGAUGAGAUGAAGGAACUUGAAGGACUUUUGGACAGAGAGGAGUUACAGAAGCAGGACUUCUGUGAUAGUUGCAACCCCCAUAAUGAUGACCUACAAGGGCCAGGUGAUGAGGAACAAGGCUUUGUUGGCCCAGAAAGGAGCCCUGAGCACAGAGAUCCCCCUCUCCACCGUCUCCCUAUCAGCCUCCAGUUACACACCAUUAAUGAACUGGAGGCUUCACAGCAAGGCAACAGUGCAGAUUCUCAAAGCUAAACACCACCAUAUACUAAAGUGACUCUCUGUGGUUUGCUGUCUCCCUUUAUUUUUUCACUGUACUGUUGCUUUGCCUGUGUGCUGGAAGUGUGAAUGUUAUGCAGUGUUGUUGGAUUCAUCUAAAAUCCAGCAAAGACAUGUUUAAAGAACACUGCAGAAAAGAACGUUAUUCAAUUGCUAGGUAAUUUUGUUUUCUACUUAAUAGACCCAGUAAGGGUCACUGCUUGUUUUCAACAAACAAGGGGUUUCAAAGGAUGAUGCAAAUAUUUAAAUAAUGAUUGAAGUUGGAGCUGCUGUUGUAAGCUGACAUUGUUUGUACAGGGAAAUUCAGUAUAUAUCUUAAACUGGAAUUCAUUUAUUUAAACCCCAAAAUGCACACAGAUUUUUUACCAUUAGUUUGUUAUUCCCCCUUUAAAUAAGGUUUUUCUAAAUUUGGACAAAAACCAAUAACACCAUUUUCUCAACCGACUCUGGUAACUGACUGGUUGCUAGGUAUACAGACAAGAUGGUUGUUUUUUACUUUAUUUUAAAUCUGCCCAAAUAUAUCACUGUAACACUGUAAUUUGAACUUUAUGUUCUAUAUGGCUAAAUAUAUGUGGAAACCUGACCAUCACACCAAACAAAGUUUGAAGCAUUGUUGUAUAGGAUUCCUUUUCCAUAGCAUUAUUCCUAUUCUGUAGCAUUACAAUACAUUAUACUGGAACUAAGUGACCGUGCCCUUGUACCCAAAGAAAGGGGGCACAUAAACACCUGGUUUGGCAAAGUAGGUGUUGAAGAACUCAGUGACCUGCACAUAGCCUUGACUUUAACCCCACUGAACACCUGUCUGCACACCAGGAUUUUCUUACUUGUACCUGACCUCACUAUUGCUCUUGUGGCUAAAUGGGUAAAUCUGCACUCCAAUCUAGUGUUCAUUUUUCCUAGAUGAUCAGAGGUAAUUAUAAUAGUAUAACGAGCACUUACUGUUUAUGGUUUUCGAACGGUACUUAUGGAUGGUCAUGUGUCUACAUUCUUUUAGCUGUGUAGUGUAUAUUCAAUAAGCAUCUAUUUUAAAUAUCAAAGAAUCAAACUGGAUUCAAUUCAAUUCAAUUUUAUUUAUAAAGCACUUUUAAAAUCCGCCUGAGCUGGCCAAAGUGCUGUACAUAGAGAUAAAAGAAAAGGAAAAAACAAAGAACAUAAAUAUAAAGGAUCAUUGUUAUUGCAAAAAAGAUAACAUCUAAUCAAAGAAUUUAAGGAAUACAAGAGUAUCUGAUAUCUGAAUGUGAAUAUAUAGUCAUGCUAAUCCUCACAAAAAACACAAGAUUUUGCACUGCAUAAAUAUGAGGAAAAGAAGAUGUGAAGACUGUCUCUAUAGAUCGCAUAAUUUGUCCAGGCUGCAGAACCUGGUGUGUAGACGUGUAUUUCUUUCUGCCUUCUUAAUAGAGCUGUCAGAUGUUGGACAUACUGUAACAGUGCCAUGGUGGCCUGUUUUUUUUCUCAAAGAUUCUUUAAUUGGUAUAUUUGCUCUUUAAUCUGGCUGGCAUGUGUGUGCAUAUAUGUGGAUUCAACUUUUGAAAUUUUUAAUAAAUAAUAUAAAGAGUAUGAGUAUUUUACAUUGCAUUCAGAAAGAAAGCAAUAGAGACUGGCAUUAGUUAAGCAGAGUAGUAGUAAAAAAAUGAAUACAUAAAAAUUUCAUAUACUAUGUAAUAUUUUCUGGUAACGUGGCUCACAUAUUUUGGUGCAUUUGUUGUUGUUUUUUUUGUUUAUUUGCCUUAUUGGAAUAUUUCAAUGAGAUUCUUCUAGAAAUUAGAAUUCAAGGCCAGUGUGGAUUAAUAGAACUUUCUAUACCAGAGUGUUUCAGACACAGAUUGCUGUAAUGUUUCAAUCAGGAUUGCUCUCUCAGCUGUACGGUUAACAUGAUUAUGGAAGUAAAUGUCUUUUUCUUUUUGUUUAUACCACAGUUGCUAACAGAAUAGCCUUGUAAUGGUACUGGUUUGGUAAUAUAUUGCAAUUCUUUUUUUCUUUUUUGCAGUGUGAAAGUGUUAUGGUGCUAUCAACAGCAGAUAAUGCUGAUUGCAGAAAAAGUUUUAAAGCUUUUUUUUUUAAUUGGAUCCCGUCCACAUAAGGUGACUUGGGUUUAAAGCCCCCAACUUCACUGAUCAUUCACUGUGUUUAUAUCUAGUCAAGUCUAGUAAAAAAUAAAUGUUUUGUUUUAAGGUGGUAAAAAUGAUGUCAGGUUUUGUUUCACUGUGGCAAUAGAGACUGCUCAAAGCUGCUCCACUGCAUUCCUACACUCUGUUGUGUGUGUGUGUUUGUGUGUGUGUGUGACAGAAAGAAGCAAUUUAAAGUCACUUGUUCUUUGAGGAAGUGUGUUUAUUUGACCUUUGGUCUGCAUAAUCAGUAAGGCUUCCAGCGAUAGAGUGUUUAGAUAGUGAUCAGUUCAAAGGACACACGUGAGCUUCAGAGAUAGUGCCAGGCAAGAGUGUCUGAACAAGUCGAGGAGAGACGUCUUAAACAAAUAUUAUAAAUCAGAUACUGUAGCUUCCUUCUUAAGCAGUUUAAUUUAAACAAAGCUUUAAAGACUAGUUCAAACAUUUAAAGAUGUAAUUUACUUGUACAUGAAGUCUUUUGUGUUCAGAAGCGUUGGCGUACCUCUUAGACAGACUUGUUUCUUAUUUUUUCGGGGUGCUUAAGCUGGAUAUUAUAUUGAUAAAAGGGUAAUAUAUACUCACACGUCCUCUUCAGUUUCCCAUCUCAUAUCUUGAGACCAAAAAAUAUAUAUUGUUUAAAAAGAGGAAAUCAGAAUUAGUUGAUCAUUACAAUAUGAUUUUCUUUUUCUUUUUUUGCCUCAAUAUGGUGUCAUUGCACUGUUUUAAAAUCAAUCCAUUGAGUUUGUUUGCUCUAAGGUUACGAAGGAUUUAGAAGGAAAUUGCUCUUUACGUUUAGCUUUGACAUGAGACUUGGUACUAUAUAUUAGUUUUGUAUCUGUAGUUGCCUUUUUAUAAAACUGCAUUUUCGGCUAUGUGUAACAUUUUGUAUGAAUCCUCAACCAAAUGAAUGAGUAACAAAUUAUGUACAUUACAAAUAAAACACCUAUAAACACCA